AAUUUUGAUCAGAAAAAAAAAGCUUGGAAAAUUUUCACCCAUACAGAUCUCAGUUCAGAUUAAAAAGUUUUAUCAUUUGGCAUCAGCCGCAAACACAGAAAACAAAAAUUUUGUAAAGUUCUUGGAAUUCCACACAUACUUAACGCAUUUUGACCAUCAGAAACGAUAAAAACAUCAACGAUAUGAUCGAUAUACUAUCUUUGCCGCGGCGUAAUAACUUGGCCAACAAUCAGGCGCUAUUAAAGGUCGUUAGCUAUAGGACCGGACUGCCAAUCAAUAGUCUGCCCGGAUGGGAGCUAAUACCGCUAAAUUGUAAGCUGCCCAUGCUCAAAUGCCCAGACAAUCAAGUGAUAUUCUCAAAAAAUAAGAUCGGACAAUCGUUCAGGAGCACCAGACAGGAGUUCGAUGCCUCUGUCACAGACACAAUUCCCGAAUACAAUCCCCUCCAUGAUUCCAAUCUAAAGACAUACUAUGCCAACGAGCGUAAUCUGAAGCGUCUGCGGGAGAACGGCGAAAUCACGGACACCAAUGAUGUAAUCUGCAAUCUGAAGGACUUCAAUCAGUAUCGCCAGGAGCUCCACAAAUCGCAUUUGUAUUAUGUACUGCAGGCGUACAAGCGACGCGAAGCGGAGCAGCACGAUCGUAUGCUUAUUGCGAAUGCAGAGGAGAUAACCAAGCGGGAUCAUUUAAAUUUAGCUGCCCGUCAUCAAUGCUAUGAAGAAAUUGCAGCUCGCAAGCAACGCAUUGCCGAGGAGCGACAUCAGCGAUUUGUACAUCUGUACAGCAUAACGACGGAGAAAUUUAAGCGUCUGGAGAGUCUAGCUGCCAUGCAGAACAUGCUCCUUACGCAUCGCAAGAUGUUGACCAACAUGCGUGUACAGGCUCAUUUGACGGUCUGUCAGGAUCUCCAGCGAAAGCAGCUUAUUAAGCUCAAGAAACUGUUUCAGUUCAAAAAGGAACGCUUCAAUAAAAAUAUGCGCAAUCUGCAGAAGAUUCGGCUAAUGAGAAACACCGAAACCCAGAUACAAUCGUGGAAGAGGCGUCUGGAUGAGCGCAUAUCCAAUCAACGGCGCAUCCAUCAGCUACUUGAGGAGGUAGAAAAGGAACGAGUGGUAUUCAUUGAGAACCACAAAGCGCGCUAUCGCGAGAAAUGGGAACAAAUACAGGAGGAGAUUAAGGAGCGUGCCCAUAAAGCAAUGAUGGCGCGGAAGCCAAAACGUCGAAAGAAGAAGAAGAUUCCAAAGAAGAUUCCACCUUCAUUCUGUGAUGAAUAUCAGGCUACCUUCGAUGGCCUACUGGACAGUGAGCUGUGCUAUGCACUGAACGCGGCUAUUGCUUUGGAAGGACAAGCUCCGGUCACAUUUAAGCAGGACGAUCCCAUCUAUAAGAGCGCCCAGUUCAUCACAAAUUAUAUAUUGCGUGGAUUUGAUAGGGAUCUAAGCGAGGACGAAUGCUGUUUGCAAGUGAUGGUAGGACGCGUGGAGGAGUUUGUAUGUGAUGCCAAAAAAUAUGUGAACUAUAAAGCAUCGCAGAUCAUACGCUUUACACGCGACCGCAAGACCGUGGAAAUGCCGCCGGCGGUUGCCAAGCCGAACCUUCCGCUCCGCAACCACUCGCGUGUUUCACACGUAUCCUUCAGUGGCGUUGCCUGUACAAUUGGCGUUGGCAGUUACGAGAUACAUCCUUUCGUAGACGUGCGCCCUUGUAGCGAUCGCCGUCCUACGCCAGCGGGCUCGUUAACCUCUCUGGUCGUCAGCCAAAUAGGCGAACAAGUCAUACAGGAGAAGGUGCGAUUGCCGCAUUUAAAUCGAAACGAAAUUGUCUUCAUCGAGCAUUAUUUGGUCAAGUUUAAGCGGGAGCUGCUGGUCGGCAUGGACAAGCAGGUAUUUACAGCCAUACAGUGUCACUUUGAGAAUCGCAUCAUGGAUGUACGCGAGGAACUGCUCGAGUUGGACAGGAAUUUCCUUUUCGAUCAAAUCGCACGCGGUAUUUUGAGCUAUGCCGUCAAUUCUCUUAACUAUGAGUCCAGUCUGAAGCUGGCUGUCAGCGUAUUGUCAAACGAAAUAAUUUGGGAGCUGCAACAGUCGUUGCUUAAGCCGGGCAUCGAUCCGAGAGGUAUUACGCAUCCCAGUAGCUGUGGGCCCGAAAGCCGCGAUAGCUACUCACUAUGCCAAUAACAUUGAAUCGAAAGCAGCAAGGACGAGUUGUAUCCACCGACACUUUCUUAUAACAGAUACGAUGUUUCGCAAUUGUGACGUACAAAUUUAAUGUGUAAUAAAUGUAGAGCACUUACCUACUCCUAUAUUUAA